GAAUUGUCUGACAAUUUGUAUUAACUCAGAAAAAAAUACGAUGCAAAUCAUCAUCAUCAAUAUUAUCAUUUGAUCUUAGUGAUGAUGAUCAUAUCAGAAUUGACAUUAUAAUUUUGAAAAAAUAAUUAUGUCCAAUCAAGAAGAAACGAAUAUGAAUGUUGAUAAUUUUAAACAACAAUCAUCAUCAGCAUCAAAUUAUCCAGAUAUGGAAAAUCAUUAUGAUCAAAAUCAACAAGCAAAUAAUCAUCCAUCCGAUAACAAUUGGCCAUCAUCAUAUGUUUUGCUUGAUGAUAAUGGCAGUUCAUAUCAUCAAUAUCAACAACAACACCAACAUGAUCAAAAUGAAUCGAAUGAAAUAAAACAUGAAUACAACAUUGACAUUCACUAUCAAUCUGUUUCAGAUAAUGAUGUGACGAAUUAUCCCAGCAAAUCAUCAUUUGAACCUACAUCUUUUCAAGAUGGUCGACAAGAACAAAAACAUUUGAUACCUCUUGAAAAUAGUUAUACUAGUCCUAUGAAUGAAGAAUCUGAACAACAUUCUAUGAAAAAUGGCAAAGAAAUUGUGACGAAAAUUGAAACAGAAAAAAACGUAACAUGUAAUGUUAAUGUGCAAAAACCAAUUACCUUACGACCACAUUCAACUCCAGCAACAUUAAUGUGGCUUGAGAAUAACUAUGAAUUAGCCGAAGGUGUUUGCAUACCUAGAUCGGUUUUAUAUCUACAUUAUAUUGAUUUUUGUCAAAUCAAUCGUGUUCAACCGGUGAAUGCGGCAAGUUUUGGUAAAAUAAUUCGACAACAAUUUCCUCAAUUAACCACUCGAAGAUUAGGCACAAGAGGACAGUCCAGAUAUCAUUACUAUGGAAUUGCAGUAAAAGAGAAUUCAGCUUAUUAUCAGCUAUCCUAUUCAAAAAAAUCUGUACAAUUACAAUGUUCGGAAAAUGGUCGAAAAUAUAAUGCUAAUGGUAAUAAUAAAUCAAUAAUGAAAAGAAUAUCUUCACGAUUCUUAAUGAAUAAUGUAUCAAAUACGGAUACAUCAUCAUCGAAUACGACAAGAUCACAACAUCAACAUCAAUAUUUUAAUACAUCGGAUGGUGAUCAAUCUCAAACACUAAAUCCUAUAUCAUCGACGUCAUCAUCAUCGAUUUCAAUCACCAAUUUGGAAAAUCAUCCUCUAUCCAAUAACAUUGGCUCGAAUUAUCAUCAACAACAACAACAACAACAACAACAACAGCAACAUCAAUCGAAUGCUAAAAUGUAUUUACAACAGAAUGAUUUAAAUGUUAGCUAUAAAGAGGGCAAAGUUCGUUCACAAUCAGUUCGAUUGUUACAUAAUGAUGAUGAGAUUAAUCAUCAUCAUAGCCAGUUUCCAUCUUCGUCUUCAUCAUCAACAUCAUCAUCAUCAUCAUCAUUAUCAUCGAUGAUUGAAGAAGAAGAAAUAAUUGAAGAGUCAGAAAAUGGUCAAGGUAGUCAAACAAAUAAUCAUCAGCCCAAUAAUAAAAAUAAUAAUCAUUCAAGUAAUACGACAAAUUUGAUGCCAGUAUUACCACCAUUUCCAACUAAUGAAGAAUUACAAUUAUGUCAUAAUUAUCACAACAAUUCGAUACCAACAUUUUUGCUUAUGUAUCGUGCUCAUUGUCAACGAAUUUUGGAUGCAAUCGUACGGGCCAAUUUUGAUGAGGUACAUACACUUGUUUAUCAUUUCUGGCAACAAAUUCCGCCACAUCUCACGCCGGUGAUGAAUAGUAAUUUGUUCAUCAAUCUUUUGGCCAUAUGCGAUAUCCGGCUAUAUCGAACGAUCAUUAAAAUUAUUUCAAUGACAUUUGUUCAACCGCUUUCCCAAAUUGCUUACACUCAAUUAGAAAAUUUUGCUGCUACAUAUGAUUCCGUUUUACAAGCUGCUUUACCGCGGGAAAAUGUUUUAUUGAUUCAGAUCAAAAUAGAAUUGGCUAGACAUUUUAUCAUAAUGAUUAAAUGUCUUCUACGACAUUGUCGUCUAUUUCAUACAUUACAAAAUCAAUUAUUCAAUAAUUGUAAUAAUAUAGCAGGAAAUCUGCUGAAACAAUUACAUCAAGAUUGGAUGCGAAUUGAUUUGAACAAUCUUUGUGAUAAGAUUAUUGAAAUUUAUUAUAAAACCGGAACUAUUAACUAUUUGGGCGGAACUAUUUAUUCGGCAAAUGUGUAUGAAAAAUUGCAUAAAUUAUUAUAUAAAUAUUUUUCCGAAUUCAAAUUAUUGGUUACCAAUAUGGUUGAUUGUACUCAAUUAUUGGAUUUGUUUGAAAGUACAUGGAAUGAAUCGAUGAGAAUUUAUUUUCAACAUCGACAACAUCACACAUCUGAUGAACGUUCCACAACAACAACUUUUUUGGACGCAGAUUUUGCCCGUAAUUUUCUGAUCAUUUGGACAUUUGUCAAAUGGCAAAUCAUACAAGAAUUGAUGAAAAUAAAAGCUUCAAGUCAUGAUUUAUUCGUGACUUUUGGCGGACUAUUGGAUGACUUUUGUAUUUAUAAGAUCAAGGACAUUUAUUUUGAUCAUUGUGUGAAACGGUUUUAUGCAAAUGCAGCAAUGAAUUCCAAACCAUCAUGGCCGCAAAAUCAUUGUUAUGAUCCUAUGGAAUUGAUUCGCCAUACAACAUCAUUGGCAAGUAAUCUGACUUGCCAACAACCAAAUUCAGAUCAAUUUUCCGAAACAUUUAACGAUGGUAAUUCAACAGGUUCGAAUAAUUUUGGAUCGAAUAAUGGCUGUACUGACAGCCAUCAUCAUCAUCAUUAUCAUUAUCAUCAGAAUCCAUAUCAAGCAAAUAUAAUUAAUCCCGAAGUUGAUGGCUAUGGCAAUACAUCUUUCACAACUGAGCAUCAGCAACAUCAACAGUAUAGAAAUAAUAAUAAUAAUAAUCAUUAUACACAACAAUAUCAAACGCGACAAGAUAGUCUAAUUUGUUUUUCAAUGAAUUUUCAUGCCAAUUCUAUCCAGGUAAUGACAGCACCUUCAUCAUCAUCAUCACCAUCAUCAUCAUCAUUGAUGGGUACAGGUAUUGGUGAUGUAUGUUCGACAACAACAGCAGCAGCAACUGUAUCACCAUCCACACCAAUCAAUGAUAUAUAUCAUCAUUAUCAUCAUAGGCAAUAUCAAACAUUGCCUAAUAAUAUUCCAGUUUCAGAUACAUCACCUACAAUUACAACAUCAACAUCAACGAAUGUAGGUCAAACAUCAUCAUCAUCAUCAAUGGCCAAUAAUGGUAAAUCGAUACGUUAUUAUUUCACAUCGGAAAAUUGUCAAAAUAUUUACAACGCUAAUAGCAGCAAUAGUAUUAAUAAUCGUUGAAAUUAAUAUCAAACACACCGCAGACACAAUAUUGAAAGUUUUAUGGAAAAAAACCUGCUUAUUUUAUUUAUUUAUUAUCAUUGUUUUUAUCGAUUCAGACGGAUGGAUUGAUGUUAUAUUCUAAGGUUGUGUGUGUAUGUGAAGGAGAGAAAUGUGAAUUUAUAUUUGAAAAAAAAGAUCGAUCAUGAAACAAAAGAAAUCAAUUAC